CUCGGGCUCACUCGACGUCCGGCCGGCACCGAGGGAAGCAACACCAUGAGGCCCGUCGCCGCCGCCGCCGCGCUGCUGUCGCUGCUGCUGUCGUGCGCGCAUGCGCAGAAGGACCCGCACUGGGACAGCGGCCGCAGCGCCAUCGUGCACCUCUUCGAGUGGAAGUUCAGCGACAUAGCGCUCGAGUGCGAGCGCUUCCUCGGGCCGAAGGGGUUCGCCGGCGUGCAGACGUCGCCGGUGAACGAGUACCUGGCCGUCACGUCGAGGAACAGGCCGUGGUGGGAGCGCUACCAGCCCAUGUCCUACAAGAUCGUGUCCCGGUCCGGGGACGAGGCCGCCUUCAAGGACAUGGUGUCCCGCUGCAGGGCAGUCGGCGUCAAGAUCUACGUCGACGUGGUGUUCAACCACAUGACAGGCAACUGGGACGGCUUGUCUGGUGUCGGUGGAAGCUCAUGCGACUGCAACAACAAGAACUACCCAACUGUGCCGUACUCCUCCGAAAACUUUCACUCCACCUGCUCCAUCACCAACUACAACGAUGCCUCCAACGUGCGGAACUGCGAGCUCACGGGACUGCACGAUCUGGACCAGAGCCAAGACUACGUCAGGGGCAAGAUCAUCGACUUCCUCAACAACCUCGUGGCGGACGGAGUCACUGGCUUCAGGGUGGACGCGGCCAAGCACAUGUGGCCCAGCGACCUGCAGUACAUCUACGGCAAGGUGAACGACAUCAGCGGCGGAGGAAGGCCGUUCGUCUACCAGGAGGUCAUCGACUACACCGGCACCGAGGCGGUGAAGAAGAGCGAGUACACUGGCUUCGGGCGAGUGUGCGAGUUCCGCUACGGCAAGGAGGUGGGGAACGCCUUCCAAGGCAACAACCCCAUAAAGUACUUCAAGAACUUCGGGACGGCUUGGGGCUUCGCCGCCAGCGACGACUCCCUGGUGUUUGUGGACAACCACGACACACAGAGGACCGGCGGCUCGGAGAUCAUCACGUACAAGAGUCCCCGUCUCUACAAGAUGGCGGUGGGCUUCAUGCUGUCGUGGCCGUUCGGCGCGCCGCGCAUCAUGUCCAGCUACUCCUUCACGGACAACGACGUGGGCCCGCCGCAGGACGGCAACGGCAACAUCGUGGGCGCGUCCAUUAACGCCGACGGCACGUGCGGCAACGGCUGGGUGUGCGAGCACCGCUGGAGGCAGAUCUACAACAUGGUGGACUUCCGCAACCAGGUGGCCGACACGCAGGUCGAGAACUGGUGGGACAACGAUAACAAGCAGAUAGCCUUCAGCCGCGGCAGCAAAGGCUUUGUGGCAUUCAACGACGACACUUCCGACAUGAAGCAGACCAUCCAGACGAGCCUCCCGGCGGGGACUUACUGCGACGUGGUCUCCGGCUCCAAGUCCGGCAGCAGCUGCACGGGCAAGACCGUGACCGUGGACAGCAGCAGCAAGGCCUACGUCGAGAUACUCACCAGCGCGGACGACGGCUUCAUCGCCAUCCACGCGGGGUCUAAACUCUAGAUAUUUUCUAGAAAAAGAAGAACCUUUCAAACAAGAAAAUUUUUUCCAAAAAAUUCUUUAUGUACACUUAUUUUAAUAAAAAUAAAUUUUUAUUUAAUGCCCUAACAA